AUGGCCGGUUUCAACCACGACAGUCUCCUGCGAUACACGCUUUGGGCACUCGGUAUCGUUCUAACGACGCAGGUCGCCGUCUUUCUGUACAAGACACUCACGUCUCCUCUACGCUCCGUACCGGGCCCGUUUCUCGCGCGUUUCGGGCGGAUAUAUUACUUUGUCCGUGUCUCUCUGGGCCGCUGGGAACAUGACGAUAUAGCCCUGCACCGACGCUACGGGCCUGUGGUGCGCGUGGGCGCGGACAUGUACAGCAUCGACUCCCCCGAAAUCGUGAAGAAGGUCUAUGGCAUUGGCUCCAAAUUCCCAAAGUCGGAUUGGUAUGAUGCCUGGAGACAUCCCGACCCAAGUCGAUGGACCCUGUUCCCCGAUCGCGACAUGAAGCGCCACGCCGAGACGCGCAAGCGGUUUCAAGCCAUGUACUCCAUGUCCAGCCUGGUCAGCUACGAAGGGUACGUCGACGAAUGCGCUUCCAUCUUCCGCAAAAGGUUGACCGAGUUCGCCGAAAGUGGCGAAACCAUCGACAUGGCGCAUUGGCUGCAGUGCUAUGCGUUUGAUGUCAUUGGGAACAUCACAUAUUCGCAACGGUUCGGCUUCCUGGACAAGGGAGAGGAUAUUGCUGGCCUAUUGAAGGCGCUGCAUGGCGUGCUGAGGUACGGAGCCCUGGUGGGCGUGUACGCCUCGUGGCAUCCUUUUGUUUUUGCCAUCUCGAGUCGCUUGGGCAUGGGCGGCGCGUCUGGCAGGAAUUAUUUGAUGCAGUACGUGCAGCAACGGAUCGAGCAAAGGAAGGUGCGGGACCAGACUAAAACGCCGGAGGACGUCGAGAAGGCUGGUGAAAGGGAUGAGAACAGCCCAAUGGACUUUCUGGAGAAGCUGAUGACUGCGAACCAAGAGGAUCCCGAAAGGGUGACGCCGUAUCAUGUCUUCAUGAUGGGGCUGUCGAAUAUCAUCGCCGGUUCGGAUACGACGGCCGUCAGUCUAUCUUCCAUCUUGUAUAAUUUGCUCAAAUACCCAAACACAAUGAAAAAGUUGAGGGACGAGAUCAAGGAGUUUGAGGAACAGGGUCGGUGCGGCAACCCCGACGUCUCGUUCAAAGAAAGUCAGGACAUGCCGUAUCUUCAGGCAGUCAUGAAAGAGGCGCUGAGAAUCCAUGCCGCGACAGGCCUGCCGCUAUGGAGGGUGGUUCCCGAAGGUGGUGUUGAAGUUUGUGGCUAUUAUUUUCCCGAGGGAACUCACAUUGGCAUCAAUACCUGGUGCGCGCAUUAUAAUGAGGACGUCUUUGGGCCUGACGCAGAACACUUCCGCCCUGAAAGGUGGCUCGAAGCUGAGAAAGAAGGGGGCGACAGACUGAAGAGCAUGGAGGCCUAUUAUAUGCCGUUCGGUCUGGGGUCGCGAACUUGUAUAGGGCGCCACAUUUCGUUCUUGGAGAUGUCGAAACUGAUACCUCAGAUCGUGAGAAAGUUCGAUUUUGAACUCGAGCAUCCUGAUCGUCCUUGGACGACGGAGAACAACUGGUUCAUCAAGCCAACCGACUUCCAUGUGAAAGUCAAAGUCCGCACUGAAGGAUGA